AUGUCGACUCCAGAACCAGUCCAGACUAGGUCGUCAAGGAGAAGAUUGUUGGUGCCAGCUGUAGUUUCAGAAACAACGCCCGUGGCUAAAAAACCGCGUAAAACCGCCUCUGAGAAGGAAAUACCUAAAAAUGACAAGCCUGUGCCAACAGAGAAGGACAAAGACAUACCAGUAUCUUUGUAUUUGAAACAACAGGUAAAGAUAUUGUUUUAGAUUAUAUUGUUGUUUAGGCACAGAAGGACAAAGACAAGCCAGAACAUGAAGUCGAGAUGGAGAAGAGGGUCAUGGAAUUGUUAGACAAUAACAUUGGAGGUGUGUUUAAAAUAUUUUGAUACGAUAAUGUGAAUUGUUUUACAAUUACUUGCUUUAUUUGGUAACAACAUUUCAAAUGUUAAUCUUGGUGUUUUAGAAUAUGAAGACGAUUCUAUGGUGCCUUUGGAAAGAAGAGAAGAAAUGAUUGUAUGGGAGACAGAAGGUGACAAAGGGAACAAUGUCAGUUUAAUUAUGUCAAAUGAUGAGUUAAAGAUGGCCCAAGAUUUGCCAAAUGAAGUUAAAAUCGUCUUGGACAAGUUUAAUGCCAGAGAGAUCGACAAGUACGAUGAUCUGUUAGAGGCGCUGAGAGAAGUCGUUACUGAAGGCUACGAUGAAGUCAGUCUUCUUCAGUUUUUGGAGUACCGGAGAGUGAGUUUGACUUUAUUUGGCGCUCAUCCAGAAUAGCCCCCCUACCCAUACCAUUUCAACCCCCCCCCCACCGAUGUCAACUUGAACAUACCCCCAAAAUUUUUUUCAAAAAGCAAAUUGAAAAUUUCUUUUUUUUUUCUCUUGCGAUUUUUCACAUAAAUUUCAAUUUUGAACUAAUGGUUUUAUUUUACUUCGCACCCCCAUCAAUGUAGUUUUGUAGUUUACACCCCCUACGCUGUAGAUAGCAUCCCACCCACUGUAGAUAGCACCCCCACCCACUGUACAUCGCACCCCCACCCACUGUAGAUCGCACCCCCACCCACCUGUAGAUCGCACCCCCACCCACUGUAGAUCGCACCCCCACCCACUGUAGAUCGCACCCCCCCCCCACCCAAUGUAGAUCGCACCCCCCCCCCACCCAAUCUAGAUCGCACCCCCACCCACUGUAGAUCGCACCCCCACCCACUGUAGAUCGCACCCCCACCCACUGUAGGUCGCACCCCCACCCAAUGUAGAUAGCACCCCCACCCACUGUAGAUCGCACCCCCACCCACUGUAGAUCGCACCCCCACCAUUGUAUUUCACACCCCCAGAAAAUGAAAUUUACAACCGGCACGUAAAAAGUCAAAAAUUAUUCAUUUUUAAAUUGACUUUUACGAAAUCAAUGAAAAUGGGUAUAAAAGGCAGCAGAUUUUGCAAAUUCUUCAUUCUGCUCCUCCGUUCACCGCCCUGGCCAAUCAGUAGACCAGCACUCUCUCGCGCGACCCUCAACCUUCAACUCCGGACAUUGCCGAUAUGGUUCGGCCAGCCACCUUUAUUUGCUUCACAGAAGAUUAUAAAGCGUCUAGUUUUAAAAAAUGUAUUACCUAAAUGAGUUCUUAAACUAAUAUUUGCUACUUAUUACAGUUAGUAAACCCUCCGGCAGCCACAGAACCGGCCAAAGAAUUGAGUGAUGAAGAAGUCGCCGAAGUUAUUGGAUCUGAAAGUGCAUAUAUUCUGGAUUUAUAUAACCACCAACUGGUCAGUGGAAUGAAUACUGUAGGUUUGAUUAUUGGUUCACAGCUAGGUAUAAACCUAUCGUUAACAACGCUACAAAGACUGUUAGAGGAACGUAGGAAAUUGAAUCCGCCGCCAAUCGACAGAGGACAGUAAGUUUUUUAAGAUUAAACUUUUUUUAGGUAUAAAAAUUAAAUUGAUAUUUACAUAAAACGUAGCUACAGUCAGUUUGUUUUUUAUUUGAGUAAUAUAUGUCACACUUUACUUUGUUUUAUUUAACAUUUACAAUUCGUAAUUUUAGUGCCGAGGUUAUCGCGACGGCAGGCUACUUAAGUCACGAUUACUGGCCAUCUUUACUUUGUGUUCCGGAUGGUGAGCAUUACUGUAGAUACUUUAAUCUUACUAAUACUCGAAACGAUGGUUUUCAUCGAUACUAUCGCUGUUCAAAGUGCUGUACCUUGAAGAAUGUCAUCGAUCAGCAAAACAAAAGGGGCGAGUUACCUCACAUCGACUUUGUUGUACCUAAAAUCCAAAUUCAUGGAGACAACCUCGUGACAGAUCUGGGUGCACUCGAACAUCACGAGGAUUGCAAAUCGAUGCCAAUACCUGUUAUGUUGGCGGAACAGUUGGAUAGGAGGGCUAGAAGACAGGUUUCGUUAGGAUUAAUGGCACCAAGAGAGGCGUGGACUGAUGUAUGUGUUGCCGUAGUUUGAUGCAUAAAACAAUUUUAUUUUUUAAUCAUGACUUUAUUUUUCUUUCAGGCAUACUUUGAAGCCCUUCGAAUUGCGGAUACCGUAUCUGCCUAUCAUCCGUCAUUCCGAUCCGUAGCCGAAAUCUUCCCUAGUUACGAUGUCUGCAGAGGACAGUAUUCUCGCAACUUCCACAAGCUGAAGCGAAGACUGUCAAUGCCAGCGGAAUUCGAACCGCUGGUCGAUAAAAGGAAGAUUGUUCAGUCGACUUCAGAUGUCCUGGAAAUGUAUGAUUCUCCCUCAACAUCAGCUAGUGCUAAAGCCAGGAAGAUCAUGAAGCCAAGCACGGUGAGAAGAGGGCGAGAAGCCGAUGAACGGUUCAACCAGAUGGUACCAGAAAGCAUCAAAAAUGAAAUGGCGCCAGGCUACAUCUCUGUAGAAGAAAACAAUGUAUAUUACUACGAUGGCAACGAGUACUACGGCCCAGUUGUGGAGUCGAUGGAGGAGGUGGAACAAGAAGAAGUCGUGGUUACAGACGAGCAUCAACAUCAAGCUCAACAAGAAUCACAAAGUCCGCCUCAAAUAGACAGACACGAGCCCGCGAUCCCAGAAUAA